AUAGAUCUCUUCUUCUUCUCUCUCUCUCAAGAAUCAAUCAAAUAAUAGUCUCGUGAUUUCAAAUAAAGUCUUCAUCUUUCGAUUCACCACCACCAUAUCAUCAUUCUUGCGUUUCUCCACCCCCCCUCCCGCCCGGCCCCCCUCACCCCUAUCUCUUUACAUAGAAAUACGUGCACGCAAUCAAGAUCUGGGUUGUCAUGGCAGAGCGGAGGAAGAUUCGGGUUGUUCUACAUUUUCCGUGUAAAAGCAUGUCUACCCAUUGAUGACAGGUUUCCAGGUUUUCGACCCGAAUCUUUAAAUCGUUGUUGGAGGAUCACAUCAGUGGCGGAUUUCUUGUUUGCAGUGUCAUGCUGCCCAUUCCGCGACGGGAUUUAGGGCCGUGGAUCUUCAAUUUGAGGUCUAGGGUUUGAGGUGUUAGUUUUUUUAAAAAAAAAAAUUGUAUUGUUGCAUUGUUUGGUGUUGAACCAGAGAGGAAGAGAAAUGUGGAAGAAUCUACUGAGUAAGCUUCCGAAAAAAUCAGUGAAACAUGAUUCAGUGAAUUCUCACAGGAACAAUUCGGACUCAAAUGGGGGUUUGGGCCGCGCAGGUAGCACGCCUAGGAAGAUGUCUUCUGCUGUGUUUCCUGCAAGUGUUAUAUCAGGCAUCGAACCUCUGGUCUCCUUUAAGGAUGUUCCUACCUCUGAAAAGAUGAAUCUUUUCAUCAGUAAGUUAAGCCUCUGCUGUGUAGUUUUCGAUUUCACUGAUCCCAGUAAGAACACGGCCGAGAAGGAACUGAAAAGGGCCACAUUGAUUGAGCUUUUGGAUUUCGUUUGUUCUAAUCCACCGAAAUUCACUGAGCCUGCGAUUCAUGCAAUGUGUAAGACUUGUGCUGUUAACUUAUUUCGUGUCUUCCCACCAAACUAUCGGUCAGCCAACGGGCAAGGGAAUGAAAAUGACGAUGACGAGCCGACUUUUGACCCCGCGUGGCCCCACUUGCAAAUCAUGUAUGAUCUGUUGCUUAGGUUUGUCACUUCUUCUUCGCUAGAAGCAAAGGUUGCGAAGAAGUACAUAAAUCAUUCCUUCAUUUUGAGAUUGCUUGACUUGUUUGAUUCUGAAGACCCGAGGGAAAGGGAGUGCUUAAAAGCCAUUUUGCAUAGGAUUUACGGGAAGUUCAUGGUCCACCGGCCCUUUAUCAGGAAGAGCAUAAGCAAUGUGUUUUACCAAUUCGUGAUUGAGUCUGAGAAACACAACGGGAUUUCUGAAAUGUUGGAAAUUUUUGGGAGUGUCAUUACUGGUUUUGCAUUACCGUUGAAGGAAGAGCAUAAGAUCUUUUUGUGGAGGGCUCUUAUCCCCUUGCACAAACCGAAAUCUUUGGCUGUCUACUUUCAGCAGUUAUCGUAUUGUGUCUCUCAGUUCAUAGAGAAGGAUCCCAAGUUAGCUAGCAUUGUGAUUCGGGGUUUGUUAGACUACUGGCCAAUCACAAAUAGCCAGAAGGAGGUUAUGUUCUUGGGUGAGGUGGAAGAGAUUCUUGAAGUUAUUACAAUGGAUGAAUUCCAAAAGAUAAUGGUUCCGUUGUUCUGGCGGAUUGGGUGCUGCGUAAGCAGUUAUCAUUUUCAGGUAGCAGAAAGGGCUCUUUUCCUAUGGAACAAUGACCAGAUUGUCACUUUAAUCGCACACAACCGACACGCCAUACUGCCCAUCCUAUUCCCGGCCCUGGAGAACAACGCACGGUCCCACUGGAACCAGGCCGUCCAGAGCCUGACUCUGAACAUAAGGAAACUGUUUGUUGAAAUGGACGACGAGCUGUUCUGGGCCUGCCAGGCCCAAUACAAUGAGGAGCAGCAGAAGUUGGCCUCGCUGGCCCUAAAGCGCAAGAAAGAAUGGGAACGGCUCGAGAGUCAGGCCCAGCUGCUGCCCAUAGCAGGGAACACCGCCGUUCUGGUAACACCUUUAGCAACUAAAAUGGCUUGUUGAAGAAGUGGACCCCACCACGGCUUUGAUCUGGAUCGACAACCUUGGUUUAGGAAAUUAAAGAACCAUGAUGUUACAUGGCUUCCUAAAUUCACACUACUUUUGCCACCCUUUUGUGUUGUAACUUCUUAUAGUUGCCCUUCUGUUGUAUCACUAUUGUUAUCAUCAGCAUCUACUAAGCCUUCCUCAAGAAGUUUGUAUGGGAACUGACUUAAUGUGGUAUGUAAAGAAGUACUUGAAGAAAAAAAACUAAUUUCU